GAAGGCCUACGUGAAGCAGCGGAAGCAGCGGAAUCCCAACUCGACACUGCUCUUCGUAUUGCUGGUGGGAGACAACUUCUACUGGAUGGGAUGCAGCCCAGGGCGGUUCGAGCCCACCUGGCGCAGCGUCUAUGGAGAAUUGGCCGAGUACCCCUGGUUUGCCGUCUUUGGGAACCAUGACUAUGGCAAUGACGACCCCAAGUGCCUCUGCCCCUUCUUCCAUGAGCGGGUGCGCUGCGGCCCGAACAGCACCGGCACGCCAGGAUGUGGCGGCCAGGAGUCCUACUCCGCCGAAGAUCAAAGUUAUGCCUGCAAUCAGCUCAACUCUGAGAAGGGCGGUGUGGACGGCGAGGCGCGGACGAAUUUCCAUUCCCCCGACUUCAUGUAUUUCUACACCAUCCCGGAGUUGGACUUCGAGCUGAUCAGCAUGGACUACAACUGGUACGACCGCAACGGCCUGGGUGGGAACGGCUUCGGCCACACGGGCGCCGCGAAG